AUGAUCUCGUGUGCUGAGCAGUGAAGCCGGCAGGGAGAGGCCAGCAGAGGCCCGGCUCUGGUGGCUCCAGCUUCCCUCCCAGCCCGGCUCCCCCAGGGCUGUUCUGGAAUCCUCUCGGUGCCUGCUGUGGCCAUGCACUUGGCUGGGCCUCCUGGGGCUGAGUCCCCAGUGAGCAGGCAGGAGGAGAAGGAUGCAGAGCUGGACCGGAGGAUAAUUGCCCUCCGCAAGAAGAACCAGGCCUUACUGCGCAGGUACCAGGAGAUCCAGGAAGACCGGCGGCAGGCAGAGCAGGGGGGCAUGGCUGUGAGUGUGCCUCAGCCUCUCCAACCUGACAGCCUCACCGUCACCAUCAGCCAAGUUCCUGGUGAGAAACGAGUGGUCAGCAGGAACUGGACUAGGAGUGGCAUGGGUACCGUUGUGGCCAGCGAGAUGCUUGAGGAUGAGGACUACAUUGCUGCUUUCUGCUUGGGGGAGCGAGUGGAGCUGGCUGUGACCAUGGAAAACAAAGCUGAGGCCAAGAGGAUUGUAAGUGAAAAGCCCACCAGAGCAAGGAACCAGGGGGCAGACGGGUCACCUGGAGAGGGCUUAGGGCGGGGUGCCUCACCACAGAUCACUGCUGGCUCUGAUUCUGCACGGAAGAGUGCCCGGGAGCCUUGGAGUCCAGGCUGGGUCCCAGGCCCUGCUUCCCGGAGGCCAGCAGAGGGGGGCUGGGACUAUGACCAGUGGAAGCAGGAACGGGAGCAGAUCGACCUGGCCCGCCUCGCCCGGCACAGAGAUGCACAGGGUGACUGGCGCCGCCCGUGGGACCUGGACAAGGCCAAGCCCACGCUGAAGGACUCCAACAACCCCAAGGAAGAGGGCUUGGCCAGAGGUGGCAAAAGGGGUGCUAGGAGCCACCGGAAGCUGCAGCCCCCACUGUUGUGCCCUGAUGGGAAAGGUGGUACCACUCGAGGUGGGCACCAUGGCAGAUCCUUGGUGGCACCAGCCACAGGCAGCAGAGCCUGGGGGAAGGAAAGGCUGACUGGCAGGGCCCGCAGGUGGGAUGUGAAGGACGACAAGGAAGGACCAGAGAAUCAUGAGGGCAGCCAAAGCACCAGAAAGAUUCCAAGUGAGGAGGAACACGGACAGAAGCAGCACAGUGGAACAGAGCCUGGCCAACCUGGGGCUUCCCCAGCCACCAGCCCACCCCUGGCCUCGCCAGACGGGCUGAAGGAGGAGUUAAGGGCUUCGGCAGUCAGUUCAGCCCCUGGAUCUCCACAACAGACUGACUUGGCUCCUCUUGACCUUUCUCUGGGAGGGACCAGAAGCCCUGGGCCUGGGGAGAGCGAGGGCACGUUCAGUCUAGGUCCUGAGGUCCGGGAAGGCUCCUUGUCUUUGGCGGCUGAUUCAGAGCAGUCUCCAGGACGGAUGGACCACAAGGACAAGCCAGAAGUCCAGAUGUGUGCUGAGCCACAGAAAGGAUCAGGAGUCCCACAACCCCGAGAAGACAGAUCUGCCAAGGCUGGGGCCCAGCAGGGUCUGGCACUGAGAAGCAGGCCUCCCAGAGGAACCAGCCAAAGAGCAAGAGGCACAGGCAGUGUGAGGAGCAGGCUGGGGGGUCCUGGCCCUGCAGGAAGAUGCUAA